CAUCUACCACCGUCGGAGAAGCUUUAUUAGCUUCCGGCAUAAGAUUUCGUCUCCUGGACUCUGGUUUUAAAAAGAGAGACGUUUCUUGUGCUUGGUCCCCAAAGGAAGAAGGGAUGGUAGCUGAAACUCAUCCUUCAUGGAUGAGGCCUACUGAUUCUAAAUCUUCGCGAGUUGAUUUUGAUGAAAAAGUUCUUAUUUCUAAUUCGUCUUCAUCAUCAUCAAAAGCCAUGUUAGCGGAAGAUAGACAAGAACAUUCCCCUUAUUCUUUUCCUUCUCAAAAUGAAAAUCAUUCGGCGACCUUUUCUGACUUCAAUUUAGGGUUUGGAGAGCGGGUUUUCUCUGCUGCUGGUGCUGCUGUUAUCUCAGCUAUCCUCGUUAAUCCUCUCGAUGUUGUCAAGACAAGGUUGCAAGCGCAGGCUGCCGGGGUGCCAUAUUCUCAUCAACAUUACCAUAUUCAUAGCCGUACGAGAUCUAUUGGGCCGUAUAAAGGAACUCUGGAUGUCUUCAGCAAAAUUGUUCGACAGGAAGGAUUCAUAAGGCUAUGGAGAGGCACAAAUGCAGCCUUAGCUCUGGCCAUACCGACUGUCGGGAUAUACUUACCUUGCUAUGAUAUAUUUCGAAACAGGAUUCAAGCAUUGACAGCUGACCAUGCUCCUCACUUGACACCAUAUGCACCUUUAGUAGCAGGUGCAGUUGCGCGGUCAUUAGCUUGCAUUUCUUGCUAUCCUAUUGAACUCGCACGAACUCGCAUGCAGGCGUCUAAAGAGUUAAAAAAUGGAGUGAAGCCUCCAGGGGUUUGGAAAACCUUACUUGGGGUGCUUAAUCCUGUCAGCAGGACAUACAGUUUGCAUAAUUUACAAGGAUACCGUCUCUUGUGGACAGGGGUAGGAGCGCAGGUUGCUCGUGAUGUUCCAUUUUCUGCGAUUUGCUGGUCGACCCUUGAGCCUAUGAGGAGGCGGAUUCUUGGCCUAGUUGGUGAGGAAAAUGGGACAAUUGUGCUGGGAGCAAAUUUCUCUGCAGGUUUUAUUGCAGGAAGCCUUGCUGCUGCUGCUACAUGUCCUCUUGAUGUUGCUAAAACCAGGAGACAGAUAGAGAAGGAUCUUGUGAGGCAGUUGAAUAUGACGACGAGACAAACGGUAAUGGAGGUUUGGAGGGACGGAGGGGUGAAGGGGCUCUUUAUGGGAGUUGGUCCACGUGUUGCCCGUGCAGGACCAUCAGUUGGAAUUGUUGUUUCAUUUUACGAAGUUGUCAAGUAUGUUUUACACCAAAGACAUACGUCUCCUCGUGUUUGAUAGGCGUUAGAAGAUAUUUGUUCCAAAAAUUUCACCCUCAUACGUCCUUGGCUGUAAGGCUUGACGGCGUGGUACCUAUGAGACCCUACAAGAGCACUAAUCAGAAACUACACCACUACCUCCUUCAGUGUAGCUGAUAAAACAUUGUUUCAGAUUCAAGAAUCCUUGAAAUUGCAAAAUAAUACUGCAUGUUGCAAGUUCUGUUCCAGUUUGAUUGUACAAGUGUAUCUUUCUCAAGGAAGUUACUCAUCAAGUAAUUAAUUAAUUCCAGAAACAAUUCAAAUAUAAAUAAGUUACCAAUUAUCUCUUCUA